GCUUCUAAGGUUAUUGUUUCGAUUUGGAACGACGUUAGGGGUUUCAUUGUCAGAGGACGUUAAUGAGGUCGCUCAGUUGAUUAGGGUAUUCGAUCGAUAAUUCGAGAUGUUUGAUAUUUCCUCAUGGAAACGUGGUGUCGUAGUGUUGUAGCAAAGCAACAACAGCUUCGUCGUUACUAGACAACAAAACGAUACGAAUUACUGAGGCCUUUUUUUCGUAAAGUUAUAUAAACAAAUAUUGAGAAAUAAUGACGAAAAAGGAGGAUCAAUUCGAUGGAAUGUUAUUGGCGUUGGCGCAACAACACGAAGGCGGUGUAAAAGACUUACUAGAUACCUUCUUUAGUUUUCUGGCGAGAAAAACAGAUUUUUAUACUGGAGGCGGUGAAGGAGCAGCUGAACAACUUGUCAUGAGCAAGUUCAAGAAACAUGAAGCUAAUGCUUUAGCCAAAGCUGCCUCCGAUAAAGCGGAAAGAGCUGAGCAAGAAAGACGACGUAAGGAAAGACUUGAAAAGAAAAAAAAAGAGGAACAAGCAGAAGAAGAACAGCUAAAUAAUGAUUCUAGAAUAGUCGAGUUAACUGAUGAACAGGCUGUCAAAUUACAAGAAGAAAUAGAUAACAAGAAAUUAGCAAAGGACGCUGCUGUUGCGGGGCCUAGUGGUGAUCAUAAUGAACAUUCUAAAGAUGUCGAAGACAAGAAUGAUGAUUCUAAAGAUGACAAAGCGGAUGAGGAAGAAGAAGAUGAAAAAGAGAAAAAUAAACUGAAGCCUAACAGCGGUAAUGGUGCAGACAUGCCGAAUUACAGAUGGACACAAACUCUUGGAGAAGUGGAAGUAAGUACACAUUCUUAUUUUCCUUUAUCACUAUUAAUUACACAUGUGGCGCUAAAAAAUUCUUUUUAUCUAAAAAAAAGAUUUAAAGAAGUAGAAUAUUUUGAAAUGCUAAUUUUUCAUUAUACAGACCAAUUUAGCUGUGUUUAAAUUUAUUAUCGAUGA